GUAACCUUCCACAAUCACUACAACAUGGGCGGAGGAGCUAGAUAUCCGUACCCGAAGCACGUCUGGUCACCCGCAGGUGGUUGGUGGACCCGUCCUUCGAACUGGCGCUCCAACACCGUUCUUGUUUUUACUGGUAUUCUCGCUGUUGCGUAUGGUGUAUGGAACGUUAGUGCUGCAAAAGAGUUUAGGCACAUUCAACCAGAUAGGCCGAUUCCUUCCAUUGGUCUAAGCAAACAGACAAACCAUCUUCGAUAAGUAGAUGUCGUGCUUUCCGAGGUCUGAAUGUGGAUGGUUGCCAGUGAACAGCAACAAACUAUUGAAAGCUAUGGCAUCCGGGAUUAAAUAUGCUCUUGGGCAUCCACAGGCUCAAGUUUUUUUUCUACAAGUAGCUAAGAAUUUGUCAGUGCUAGAUUACAAUGUAAUGAAUCUAUCUGCGAAAGAAUUUUG